AUGAAAAACUCGAUGACGGCCAACCGGGUUUUCCACAUUGUCGAGUGCAUUUGGUCAUUUUGUAUCCCGUGUGCGGUCAUCGUCAUCAUGGAUACUUCUGUUGUGCUUGAAUCAACGUCAUUUCGUUGGUUUCGCGUGAAGAAAGGAGAGUUGAAAAGAAGGAAAAGCGCACUCGAAGAGAUCAUAAAACUCACAAGAUCGAAUUCGGGGAGAAUGAAGGCUCGUCAACAGCGUGCUCUUUGUCGUUGGUUGUUAAUCGCUUUGAUUUGUGUUCUUUUGAACACCCCUGAGAAUACGAUUCGUCUGAUUAGUCUUUUUGGGAUCAUGGAAGGAUUCAACACAAGUCCCUAUUACUUCAUUGCCCGGAUGCUUGCUCAAGUGCUGUAUUUCAGUCAAUUCGCUUUCAAUGCGAUCUACUUAGCGCUUUUUGUGUACGACAAGAGUAGCCGAGCAAAACAUGUACAUGAUGGAAGCAAUUAUAAUUCACAUGCUGCUCUCCCUCAUCCACUGAGAUCUCGUCGUGGGUCCACAUGUUGUGAGAGUCCGCCGUUGGCCCCAAGGACGAGUCCGCCGAUGAUUCCAAACGGGAAACUCUUGCAUCCACAAAUGAGUCUCACAACAAGUCGAUCACUUCUCGAUCCAUUGUUCUCAUCGCCGGAAAUCUCAUCGAGCGAUCUCGCAGAUCUCGCAGAGCGAGAGAUAUCGCAUAAU